AUGAUUGGAAACAUUUUCUCGUCGGGAUAUCGAGAACCAAGCUUGCAGACUAUCGAGAAAUGUCAUAAUCAAGUAAAAGAGAAAGAAAAGUGCAAUUGCCAUAAAAAGGAUCCAUUUUGUAAUCGAACAUUCGCAAUGAAUCACUGGAACAGUAUAUUCAAAUGCAUUUCGACGGAUCAGAAGUCAAUGAAAACCGAAGUUGCGAAGAAAGAAGAAAAAGCAGAAGAGAAAAAAGACGGAGAGGAGGAAUAUUGA